CGUCAGUCCGAACACGUUGGCUAAACAAGGGGUAUUCCCACACACGAACAUCACCUGACUGUCAAAUUGUCAAUGUCGGAAUUUCCCCUAAAAUAACAUCGUACCUGACAUUCAUGCGACGUUUUACGUGUUUGUGAAUUGGAAACUUUAGAGAUUAGCAGCCAUGGGAGAUCCACCAAUAUUGCAGUUUGCACCUUUCACCUCUGCUGUUGAUGCAGGCUUUUGGCAUAAAUUCACACAGCUUAAGCUGGAUGUCCUGCAUCUAAGUGAGAAGCCUGUCAGUGUUGUAGGAAGCUAUGUCAAUUCUGAUCCACAAGGGCUCCCUACUCGGUUGAGUGUUGAAUAUGAUGCACUAGAUAGAAACCUACAGACAUCAUCGUCCUGGUCUUGCAGUGCGCCUGGAACUAUCAUAAACACAAAUACCAUAGAAGAAUUUAAAAACAGAGAUAAGCUGGUAAUUCUAAAGGAAAUAUCUUCUCAGUUGUGGAAUGCCAUAACCUCUGGGGAUGCUGUUGAAAAUCCUUCCGUUCUAACUUCAUUUUUAAUGUUCACUUUUGCGGAUCUCAAGAAGUACCAUUAUUACUACUGGUUUGCAUUUCCAGCGUUUACAUUGCCCAAGACAGUUCCCCUUGUCCAGGCACCGCAGUCGCUUUCAUCAGUAUUUACGGGUGACCAGAUAUCAUCUUUACUUACUACAUAUUCUAGUCAUGAAGAUAUUGUGAGUCAGGGUUUUUACACUAUUGUACAGACUACAAAUGAAUUUUCUCUUCAUCCAUUGAGUGACUACCCCAACCUUCGUGAUUCAUCAUCGGGAAAUAAGAAAGAAGUCUUUCUAGGGUUCUCCGAUCCUUGUACCUUACCUCAAAACCCAGGGUGGCCUUUGAGAAACCUUCUCACUUUGGUGGCCUUGAAGUGGUCCAAGCAGUGGCCAGUUCACAGAAUCGUUUGCUUGCGCGUUCGUACAAGGAAUGGAAUCAGGGAUGCAGCACACAGUAUUGUUGUUGAAGUAAAUUUAGAAGGAUCAGUUGAUCCUAAUUCCGUGCCUGAAAUGCCUCAGUGUCUUGGUUGGGAAAAGAACGAACGUGGAAAGAUGGGACCUCGCAUGGUAAAUCUCUCGGCAACCAUGGAUCCAACAAAUUUGGCUGAAUCAGCUGUCGACCUAAAUCUGAAGUUGAUGCGCUGGCGAGUGGCCCCUCAGCUUGAUCUAGAUGUUGUUCAGAGCACACGAUGUCUGCUUUUAGGGGCUGGAACUUUAGGCUGUGCCGUUGCACGUUGUCUUAUGGGUUGGGGUGUGAGGAAUAUUACGUUAGUAGACAACGGGAAGGUCUCAUUCAGCAAUCCUGUCAGACAGAAUCUCUUCAAAUUCAGUAAUUGCCUUAAUGGGGGCCAUCCAAAAGCUGAAGCUGCAGCUCAAGUUGUGGAGAUUUUCCCAAAAGUGAAUGCCAAAGGAGUACUCCUGAACAUUCCCAUGCCAGGCCAUACUGUAGGUGAAUCACUCAUUGAACAAGUCAGGCAGGACGUGGCAUCUCUUGAAGAGCUGGUAGAAGAGCAUGACGCCCUUUUUCUCCUGAUGGAUUCUCGAGAGAGCAGAUGGCUGCCAACACUUUUGGGUGUUGCUAAACAGAAGCUUGUGUUUACAGCAGCUCUAGGUUUUGAUUCCUACCUAGUAAUGCGUCAUGGGUAUAGAGGAGGUGACAUAGCCAGCAGUAGUCAGUCUGUAGAAAAAGAACCUUCAGUGAGUGGAAAACCUAUCCCAGGCCACUUGCUCGGAUGUUAUUUUUGCAACGAUGUUGUUGCUCCAGGUGAUUCAAUGCAGGAUCGUACUCUGGACCAACAGUGCACUGUGACACGGCCUGGUGUUUCAUAUUUGGCAUCAGCACACAUUGUAGAACUUAUGGUGUCACUCCUCCAGCACCCUGAUAAGGGACAUGCAGAGGCACAGAUCAGCCAAGAUCAUGAAGCGAAAGAAGGCGUCCUUGGCUCAGUGCCACAUUCUCUGAGAGGAUUUUUGGGCCGCCAGCAACAUCUCCCCCUUGCUACAUCCAGGUUUCAGCAGUGUCCAGCAUGUGGUGACAAGAUCAUAGCAGCUUACCAAAAUGAUGGAUGUGACUUUUUAUUGAAGGUUUUUAACUCUCCAAGCUACCUUGAAGAAGUUGCAGGACUUGGACAAUUACAACAAUGUGCAAUUGAUUCACAGAUCUGGGAGCUGAGUGACAGCGAGGAGGAGGAAGACUGAUGCAAUACCAGGCAGCGUCAAAUCACAUUCCAGGAUUCUUUCAAAAGUAUACAUGAAUAUGUUGGCUUGUUUUAAUAGUUGUACGAUAUUGAUUUUGAAUAAAUAGUGAAAGUCGUU